UAAAAAUGUCAGGAUAGUUAAACCUGUUUUAGUAAAGAAAUUUUCCGAGUAUUUUUCACGCAAAGAAUUUCUAAGUUCUCUGUACUUUUUGAUUGUGUUUUGCCAAAAUAUGAGAGGUUCUAUUAAUCGUCCACCAACACCAGAUGCAGAGGAAGAUGAAGAAGAAGAACCCACACUUGGAGAAAUCAUAAACAUCAAAUUGAUUGAAAGUGGUGAAAAAGAAAGACUAAAGGAGCUAUUGAGGGAUAGGCUAUAUGAAUGUGGUUGGAAGGAUGAAAUGAAAGCUUUAUGCAGGGCUUUUGCAAGGAAGAAAGGAAGGAACAAUGUUACUGUGGAUGACCUUGUACAAGUAAUGAUUCCAAAAGGCAGAGCCUCUGUUCCUGAUUUUGUAAAAGAAGAGUUGUUGCAUCGCAUAAGAAGUUUUCUAGUAUCAGCUUCUCUCUGAGCUAAUCGCGGCAUCAGUUUUGUACGAUUUUCUUCACAUGAAGAUAUCAAAUUUUGGACGAAGCUGAUGAUUUUGUGGUCUAAGUUGAAGUUUCUUCAAGAGAAUACAAUCUGGUAGGAAUAACUGAGACAGUGUGCUGCUGGUUAUGUUUGUGGUGAAAGAAACUGUAAUAUACUUAGGAUUGUGUCAUAGCUUCAAAAGUGUUCUCUCCAGAUUCUAACAUGUCUUUCAGCUUUUAUUGUUUCGAGUAUUCUUUUCUUUUUUUCUUUAUAAUGUCUGAGACGUCUGUCUUUGAGCAAGGAUGAUAUGAUCCUGCGGUGACCUUUGCAUUUUCCGUUUGUUCAGUUUACAAAUAAAUAGUGGCGCUUUGGUACGGUUUAAGGUGAAA